UCUUCAUGCAAAAGGUCUCUGUCAAUGAACUACAAACACUCACUGACUGACACGCAAGCCUCAGGGUAUGAUGACAGUACAUGUAAAGCCACACCAUUUUGUCCAGUGUUUAAUUGCAAAGUCUUUUUACGAAGUCUUAAUGCAAACACGGCUGAUCAGGUCACAAAACUGAAUGGGUACAAUGCAGAGAUGUGCCUUUUAUGUGAGGAAAUCCACAAAUUACUGUGUACAAUGUAGAGCAAGCAUACAUUGACUACUAUUGGAACAUGUUUCAAUUACUUCUUUUUUUGACCACUUUAGUAAAACUUCUAAUUGAUUAAAAUGUUAACUAUUGUUCUUUAAAAGUGAUCUAGAUUACUAAUUACUAGGUUUAAUUUACUGAUACAAAAUAUAGGUGUUCGAUCAAUUGAAAUAUUCAUCUUUGAACAUCAAGAUCUAGAAGAACUGACAGCCAUACACAGCUGUCUCAGUUUCACAGGGUCAUCUAUCACAGACAGGGUUAAACUGUUUAAGCUGUUGCGAACCUGUAGAGAGCAGCAUUUGAUAUAAUCAGAUUCUUCUCUAUACCAUCAACUCGUCCUUACCGUAAAUGGGGUGGAGCGACUGUAGUAACGCUCUUGCAUUUCCCUGUCUUGGGAGCCGAAACAUAUUUGCUGUACAUUUUCCCCACAUAUACACAAACAAAUCAUGAACUAAACCGCUUCUAAGUGCAUGUACUCUUAAUGUCAUUUUAAAUAGUUCGCUGCGGGUUGAAAAGGGCAUCAAUAUUUCCCCGCAACGUGCAUUGAAUUGCACUAAACUGGGAUACGCGACGAAGACCGCUCGUUUAGGAGCCUUGUAGGAUUUCAGUGGACCCGUUUCGAUUUUUGGAAGCAGUUUGACGUUCUUCAUAAGUGAGUGGGUAUAAAGGGUGUCCAGUUUGGCCGAGAGCCAGAUAAACACACAGGGGAUGUCACCAUGAAUAAACCAAUGGCAGCUGACUGAUACUGACACUGCAUAUGCUGAGCACAUCAGCGAGGGUUGGGUUUGUCUCAGUCUCGUGUGAUUGGACGCUGAAUGGCAUUAAGGUGAAUGGAACACAACGAGCAGGACCUUAACCUGCCAGAGGGAGAUGAGUCACAGUGAGUUAUUGUGGCCAAACGGAGUGAAGAGAAAACGAAAGAACAGUCAAUGCUCUAUGAAGAGCACGUCUGUGAAGGGCAUCUCUGUUCCAGGUUAUGUUCCCAGCUACCUGGACAAAGAUGAGCCAUGUGUGGUAUGCGGGGACAAGGCCACAGGAUACCAUUACCGCUGCAUCACAUGUGAGGGCUGCAAGGGUUUCUUCAGGAGAACUAUACAGAAGAAUCUUCACCCAUCCUAUUCCUGUAAGUAUGAUGGCUGCUGCAUCAUUGACAAAAUCACCCGCAACCAGUGCCAGCUGUGCCGCUUCAAGAAGUGCAUCUCGGUGGGCAUGGCCAUGGACUUGGUGCUGGAUGAUUCAAAACGGGUGGCCAAGAGGCGUCUGAUCGAGGAAAACAGAGAGAAGAGGAAGAAGGAGGAGAUGGUGAAGACACUGCACAAUCGACCCGAGCCCACCGUCUCAGAGUGGGAGCUGAUUCGAAUGGUGACUGAGGCUCAUCGCCAUACUAAUGCACAGGGACCUCACUGGAAACAGAAACGCAAGUUCCUACCAGAAGACAUUGGACAGUCUCCAGCCCCCACAUCAGACAAUGACAGAGUGGACCUGGAGGCCUUUAGUGAGUUCACCAAGAUCAUCACCCCUGCCAUCACAAGAGUUGUGGACUUUGCCAAAAAAUUGCCCAUGUUCUCUGAGCUGCCUUGUGAGGAUCAGAUUAUCCUGCUGAAAGGCUGCUGUAUGGAGAUCAUGUCCUUGCGUGCGGCAGUGCGGUACGACCCAGAGAGCGAGACUUUGACCCUGAGUGGAGAGAUGGCUGUCAGUCGAGAGCAGCUGAAGAACGGAGGGUUGGGCGUGGUGUCUGAUGCCAUCUUUGACUUGGGCAAGAGCCUGUCACAGUUCAAUCUCGAUGACUCAGAGGUGGCACUGCUGCAGGCUGUACUGCUCAUGAGCUCAGAAGACAAAAUUCAUAUUGGUUUGGAACGACAUAAGGAUCGUUCAGGACUGACGUGUGUGGAAAAGAUUGAGAAGUGCCAGGAGAUGUACCUGUUAGCGUUUGAGCACUACAUAAACCACCGUAAGCACAACAUCUCACAUUUCUGGCCCAAGCUGCUGAUGAAGGUGACAAACCUGCGCAUGAUCGGAGCCUGUCACGCCAGUCGCUUCCUGCACAUGAAAGUGGAGUGUCCCACAGAACUCUUCCCCCCACUCUUCCUGGAGGUCUUCGAAGAUCAGGAGGUGUGAUCAAGAGUAAAGGGGGCAAAACUGAUCAUGAAUUUGUUUUUGCAAAGAAUACCAGAAGCAUUUGUUAUUUUCAUCCUCAUGCAAUGGCGAACUGGGACAUGUAUUUGUUUUUGCACCAAUGGUCCCUUGUCAGCUUUGUCUGGGAUUAGUUUUGGGGGUGUCGGUCUACUCACAUUGUGACCCCACUGUCAGCUGCCAUUCAGAUUGCUCCCACUGACAGAAAAAAGUUAGCAUGCAUCAACCUACCUCUCGUACCAACAUACCUCCCAAAUUCAAAAGGAGCUUAUUUUAAAAGCGUGACAAAUAGACCUGGACAGUGAAUGUUCCACACUGAGGAGUCAGUGGAUCUCAAUAGAGUGCUACAGCACCAGCUCAGACGUGUUCAGCCGUCUUUGUUCCAGAAGUAUUUUUCCCAUGAAUUUUUUCCAUAGGAAUUUCUGAAAAUUCUUCAUAAAGAGUUCUAGACCAUAAACAAAAUCAGUCAUCUCUGAGGUGAAUCACAAUAUUACAAACUUUGAUUUGAAGCAAAAACACUUAUUUAAAAAUUGGACAAAAAGGCUAGGGUACACAACUGGGAAUGAACUACAAUCCCAUGAAGCAUUGCAAAUGAUGUAAUCCAAUUAAAAAAGAUGAAAAAAAUAAAUAAUUUAAUAUAUAGAAUUUAUAUAUAUUUAAAGUUUAUUGCAAAAUAUUUAUAUAUACAAACAUAUAAGUAGUUUGGGAGUGUAGGGAGAUGGACUCGAUUAUGUCAUCCACAAUGCUUCAUGAAGUGGGAGGUCGCUACAGAGCUCUUUUGGUGUGCUUUGCUGUUUCGCGAUUCUCUGAUUGGUAGAUCAUUCUCUGCAGGAUCAUGAGUAGAGUAGUUCUUCAUCAGGAAUUCUCCUAUUAAACACAAAUUUUAAAAAACAAGGUUGAUAAAACAUGGACUGAUGUCUUAAAAGACGCAUAUACCAUCAAUUAACAACCUCGGCGCUCACGGUAGGUCUGUAUUUAAAAUGUAAUAAGUUAUAAUUAAAAAAUCAGUUUGUUUAUGGGGAAAAUCAAUAGAAUUUGUACUUCUGGAACCUGACUGUUGCACCCAGUAGCUAUUUCAAAACGUGUUUAGGAAGUUCUAGCUGUUGUUGUAAGGACAGAGGAAACCGAAAACAGCAUUAAACACCAACACUAUUGGGCAAAACUUUAUUCUACAAGAGAGACAGAAAAAUAAUGCUCAUUUUCCUCAAAUCACAACAGUAUUUUGGCACUCUGCUUCCUCUUUGCACGCAUUUAAUAUCUCCUUUGAAAACAUACCUACCUGUAUGCACUCAUACACUCUGUACAUACAUUAAUAUGUUGUGUGAACAACGGGUUCGAACCUUCUCAUACCUCAUAUGCACCAGUAUAUAAACACAUGUAGCAACAUGUACAUACAUGUAUGCAUGCGUUUAAUUGUACCUGCACCAUCAUAUCUAUCCUUUUACAGUGCAGUGUAUACAAUUCUCAUACCUUCCUACCUACCAUAUCUACCAUGCAUACAUACCUGUGUAUAUGUGCCUAAGCUGAAAAUGGUGUGACCUCAUCUUCUGAGUAGCCUCUUGUUGCUUUCUGCUGUUUGCCUCCACACAGAUUUCCUCCUUUUCCUCCAUAUGCGUUUUGGUCUUGGAUGUUAAUUCCUAGUCAUGUGCAUCUACUAUUCUUGGCCUUCAGAUAUAAUAGAUAUAAAAGCACGGCCUACAAUAUGGUGGUACCAUGCUACAGUCAUGGUAAAACAAUUGUAUUUUGAUAUAUACCAUCUUCAUGUACCAUGAUAUUUACAUGGUACUCCAAGUUACUUCAAAGAAUAAAAUGGUACUGUAUUACCAUGGCACCAUGCCCAAAUAUCCAUUGCCAUGGUCACUUUGGUACUUUUAUUUAAUGAGGCCUAACACUGUGUCCUAAAGAGAUGUGACAAGAUAAUGAGACAAACGAUAAAGCUUCCAUGUCUUCCAAAUGAUAAUCUCUUCCAUGUCAAUCUGAGUUGUUGUCCAAACCAACUGCAAUGAGUGACAAGACAUUUUGUCGAUUGAUAGGUUUCUAUUUCUGCAGCAUGGUGCUGGGUAGUCCCGCCCACAUUGGUAUGCUAUGGAUAUUAUACAUCAAAUGUUCUGAUUGACUGUUGUUGUGCUGCAUUACACAGCAUUUCCGCUUUCAGUAUCGAAAGACAAAUUACUUCUCACUAAAAUCUUCAUGUAAGUAUUACCCCUACAAUCAAUCCGUCUUGCAGUUUGUUUCUACAUUAUGAAUUCAGUUUGGCAAAAUACCCGAAGUUAUUUAGGAAAAGGUAUGUUGCUUAAAAAUCCCUGAAAGAUUAAGAAUUUGAAAUGGAAAGAGAAGCUAAGGACAAGGAAAGUGGAAACUAAGGGUUAAAAGGAUGUAUUUCUGGAGUGCGUCUUCACUGUUUUUAAAAGUGGGAAGCUUGCGGUCUUGACAGCCUCCUUGCAAGAGGAAAUUAAAUGAGUGUCACUUACCUCAUCAUGUCUUCAAACAGACUCUACCUCACCCCUCAUCCAUGCAUUGUAAAGCACAUUCACACUCACCUGUCUACAUAUGCCUGCUUAAACCUGUACAUAAGCGUAUGCACAUUUACACUAAGAAGGCACAUAUUUGUUCACUCAUAUGUUUAUAUCCUGCUUGUCAUCUUUCUUUCCAUUUCACUUUUGUAAUGUGGGACCAAGUGUCAGUAUUGAUCCCUGUUUCCGAGGAUGUGCCAGACUUUUCCUGGAUAGGUGUGGAUCAAUUUCACUGUGUUGCAACAGAGCUAACUGAUUGUUCAGCAGAAUAUUUUGGUUUAAAGGGAUAGUUCACCCUUAAAAUUGACAUUCUGUCAUCAUUCAGUCACCCUUAUGUGGAUUUAAAGCCUGUAUGACUUUCUUCCGUGGAACAUAAAAAUUACUGACUUAAAUUUCAGUCUGUUUCUCACAUAUAAAGGACCAUUUGUAUGAUACUUUUAUUGUGCUUUUAAAUCCUUUAUGAAGCUUGAAAGCUUUGUAAUUGCAUAAAAAAGAGUGAUCAGCACAAUCUUCAGAAUUUCUCCUUUUGUGCUUGUUCUACAGAAAAAAGGAAACAAUUUGGAACGACAUGAAGGAGAGUAAAUGAGGACAGAAUUUUCAUUUUUAGAACUAUCCCUUUGAAUAAGCUCUGGGGAGCCAGCAGAGGAAAUUGACCGCUGCGUAAUGGCUCUCAGCCAGUAGGCCAUGAAACCUAAUUUCUUGUCAGCCCAUUUCUACUGUCCCUGUGCCUCCAAACCUGACCCAUUUAUGUGCUCUUAUUCCACUAAGAACUGUCAUUCAAUAUUUUUGUACCAUCGCUCCUUAAGCAACCAUACCUCUUCACGCUUAAAGCCAUACAUGAAGAACUGUACAUGAACUCCUGCCCAGCAAAAGACACAGCCAGACCCCAAAGCAUCUCUCCAAAUAGUUUAACCGGCUAUUAAUACAUAGCAGGGUUUUGACCACAGUCGGAUGUCCCUUUUACCGAUACUCUGUGAUGUGUCACUGUGAUGAUAAAACAAGAAUGUGACACAGACAAACACAAGGGCAUACCGGACAAACUCACUGUGACUCAGCCAAACUCAGGCAUGGAGCUCCCCUCAGGCCCCAGGCCAUGCACCUGACUCAGGCUCAAUCCAAUCCACCAGCACUGCAGAGAUGCACUGCCCACAGUCACAAUCUACUGCACCAGCAAGGGUCAGCUGUGCCCUGCCCACAGACCCUUUUAGUAUUAAUGUGUAAUCAAGAAGCCAUCUUUUCUGGACAUACAAACUCAGUUUACAGCACUUUUAUCAGAACAGAGUUCACUCCCUCACAACUAUCCAAGAUGGUUGUGUAUCUACUGGCCAGGAUUAACUAAAACAAUCUCAAGGCGCUCUUGGAAGACUUUUAAAGGGGUCAUAUCAUGAGAAAUCCACCAUUAGCCUGAACGGUUCUGAGCAUUUUAAGGUUCCAGUAGCAUUUGGACAUAAAGGAAUGUUCCACUCAAUACAAGUUAAGCUCAAUUGACAGCAUUUAUGGCAUAAUGUUGAUUACAACAAAAAUUUAUUCUGACUCAUCCCUCCUUUUCUUAAAAAAAAGGACAAAUCUGGGUUACACUGAUGCACUUACAAUGGUGAAUGGGGGCAAAAUUUUGUAAGUUAAAAUACUCACUGUUUCAAAAGUGUAACCACAAAACAAACAAUGUGCUUGUAAAAAAUGAUUUUAAUGUGAUAAAAUCACUUACUAACCCUUUCUGUGUAAAGUUAUAGCCAAUUUUACAACUUUGUUACCAUGACGAUGUAUUGUCAACAAACCCUAAUAUGACUGUAAAAACAACUAAUUAAACAACUUUACAGCUCAUAUAAUACAUGAGUUUUAACAGAACAAUUAAUGCAAGUGCUUUUAUAAAAUUAUAAGCUUCACAUUUCUGCCUUUAAACCCUCCAAAAAUUGGCCCCAUUCACUUCCAUUGUAAGUGCCUCACUAUAACCUCGAUUUUUGCUUUUUUUAAAGAAAUGGAGGUCAAAAGUAAUUUUUGUGGUAAUCAACAUUAUGCCACAAAUUCUGUCGUUUGAACUUAACUUGUAUUGAACUCGGAAAAAAUGUUUAAGCACUGUUCGGUACGCUCAGGAUUUCUCACCAUUGUUAGCUAACCGUACUCAGGACAGAGAACUGUACUGGUGAAACGACUUUAGUAAUGUGGCGACUCAUGAUUGGUCACUUGCCCAGUCAAUCUAUUCUUAAACCCAAAAUAUACUUCGGUCAGACGCAAACACUGAGCAUACAGGGCGCAUGACGCAAAUCUCGUCAUCAGCAGAGUGCUCGAGCACUGAAUGUGUGCAGGCCGAUUUUUCUAACCGCGCAUCUUUGAACGCGCAGAAUGCGCAUGCGCCUGAAAUCAUUUGCACGAAUUAGUGUUCACACUGUGGCAACACUUCACAUUUGAGCAGUUUCUGUCACAAAGAAACACUAGAAGAUGUUAUCGCUGAUAAAUAACAGGAGACAAAGGUUAAAACAACAGUAGAUAUGCACGUCAAGAGCGUGUGUGUGAGGAGGUCAGGAGACACCUACAUUUGUAUAACUCGAGUCUGAAGCACUAUAAAGACAUCUUUAUGGGUCAAAACGCCUGAAGAGAAAUACUCCGGUGUCUCAUAGCAGUCGUAGCGCGCAUGCGCAAAUCGCCUGUGAAUGCGCACACCGUCAAAUGGAGUAUAUUUUGACAGGCUCGUGUUCGACAGUACGCAGACGCUGAGCGUUUGCAUCAAAAUCGAAGUAUACUUUGGGUUUUGUCCUGAUUUUGCAGUACCACAGUGGAAAAAGAAACCGUAACCAUGCUGAUGAGCCGGGAACGAUACGAAAUGGCACGAUUCCGCAACUAGAAUCGUUCAGCCCGAUGCCUAUUCAAUAGCUCCCUGUAAUAUUCACACUGGCCAGUAAAUUCUAGCUGCCUCUGAAUUCCACAAAUCCCUUGUGAAUGUUCACAGUCUAGGAUUUAGUCAGUCAUAUUUGAGGUCCAAAAGUUCUAUAAAUGUGUGAAAAGAAGACCUGCCGUUUCAUUUAGAAAGCUACAUUGUCCUAUCUACUGAUGAGGAAUGUAAAAAAUAAAGAGAACACUCACUUUCUAUAAAACAAAUGUAUUUACUGAAAAAAUUCUUGCUGUUAUAAUCAUGCAUUUUAUGGACUUAUAAAACAUUUGCGGAUGAAAGACGUAAUUUACGCAAGUAUGGUUUGGACUGUGCAUUUUGGACAGUGAAUGGGAUUGGGAUAAAGAGGAGCAAAUGUUCAAAGAGUGUUAAACUAAAGUUUGAACAAAGUUCAUUUCAGACACUGUGCGUUUUUGUAAUUGAUUUUCAAUAUGAAAUGUACUGUGGGUGUGCAAGUGCUCAUUGUGGACAGCCAUAGUGCUUCUCAUGUAUUUAGACUGGCUUUACACAUCUGAUUAGUAUUAAUGCUGUCUGUCUCCUAUAUCAAGUUGCUCUUGCAGUUAUAAGUAGAUUUUAGAUAUUUGAUCAAGACAGAACAAAAACAUCUGUUUUGUCAAUAGCUGUUCAUACCUUACAUAGAAAUGAUACAUGAGGGUGAGUUUGAUUUAGAGCCACACUAAUUUCUGCACAUUUGUAUAAACAUUAUUAAAUGUUAAAGGGAUAGUUCACCCAGAAAUUUUAAUUCUGUCAUCAUUUACUCACCCUCAUGUUGUUCCAAACCCAAUUGACUGUAGUUCUUUAGUGGAGAACACAAAAGGAGAUGUUAGGCAGAAUGACUCUUACUCACUUUCUUUGUGCACAUGUAAAAAGAAUGGUCACUGAGACUAACAUACUGCCUAACAUAUUUUGUGUUCAACGGAGAAAGAAAGUACUAUUUGUUUUAAAAUGUAGCCUAAUUCUAGCUCAUACAUAGGCUGUCAUGAUGCAAAGUUGCCUUCAUUUGUAAGGCUAGAACAAUUAAAGUUGCAGAUCUUAAGUCUCGGCCUGAUUUGCAGUUCAGAAACCCAAUUAAAACUGAAUGAGAAAAGAUGCCAAGAUUUGUAUCCACCCAGCAAGAGACUUAUCUGCAGCAGAACUUUAUACAGAGUGCUGUGAAUAUGUCCAAGACAGUCUUUCUUUGAUAAGUAAAUCACUACCAAUACCUCAAUCUAGGCUCUAUCUAAGGAGCUCAUCCUUUUACCAUUUUAAUCAGGGUCUAACCCACAACACACUUUCAAAAUCAACUAUACGUGGCUGAAACCACACCCAUCCUCAAAACAGGAGGCCUCUAACCUCUCUGGACUUCAUUUUGGAAAGCUCUUUUGUGCAAUGGGACUUUUUAAGUUCAACAAGUGACAUAGAUGUAUUCUUUGCUUUAAAUGUAUAGUUUACCCAAAAAUGAAAGUGCUCUCAUAUUUUACUAAUCCUCAUGUUGUUCCAAACCUGUAUGACCAUAUUUCCUAUGUAGAACACAAAAUGAGAUGUAAUACAGAAUUUUUAUUUCAGAAUGCCCCAGUCACCAUUAACUUCCAUUGCAUUUUUUCCCUAUACAAUAAAAGUGAAUGGCGAAUGAAGCUAACAUUCUCUCUUAACAUCUGUGUUCCACGUAAAAAAAAGUCAUACGGGUUUGUAACAACUUGAAUGUGAGUAAAUUGUUUUGGUUGAACUAUCCCUUAAACAAUGCUUGUACCUACACUUUGUCAACCACGAAUAGUUCUGUAUAAUGACAAAGACAUAAAAAAAACUUGUAUUGCAAUACAAAGCUUGCACAGUUGUUUAUAAAAAUAUGUUUGUGUGUGCACUAUGUCCUUUUCUUGCUUGUGGACAUGUGAGACCAAUAUAAUGUAUGUGCAGAACACAACUUUGGAAGCUAGCCAUGCUCAAACAGGAAGUGGUGUUGAGAUGCCCUCUUCUGUUUAAUGCUAUGGGUCGAUGGAGGACCAUCUAGUGCUUUGUUAAAUAGUUCUUUGUAGCACUGUAUGUUAUCCCUCUAUGAAACUGUCUCAUAGUACCAACCUGUAAUAGAUGAAGGCCCUUGGUCACCAUGAGGUUAUUUCCCACGAUGCCUCAGUUAAGUGGAUUAUUGGAUGCAAUGCAGACUAUGUUUUUCUUUUAAUAUUUCAAUUACAAAUACUUUUUUUUUUUUUUUUUUUUUGCUCUAAGCUGUAAUAAUGUAUUGGCAUGUAGUGGAAAUUUAAGUUGAUGGUUUAGAUCAAUCAUCUGUUCACAUGCAGGAACCAGUACUAUCAAGUGAAAUAUUUAAUAUUAGAAAAUGUCACUUUCGCAGCUAUACAAUCAAAUUGUAUUGACUUGUUCAAAAGCAUACCAAUCAGUGGAAAGCAAAGAAAAUCUGAGGAGGGUUUAAGUGUAACUCAGGAAUGUGUGCUACUUUUCACUUUAAUAAAUGUUUAAUAAAUGAUUGUUGUCUGUUGUGAA